UCACUUCAUCUGCAUUGGAUUUUCAACUACAUCAUUAUUACUCACUUAUUAAUCUUUUCAAAUGAAAUUCAGUUCCAUCAACGCUGAUAUCAAUGGCUACGCUAUUAUAGAAUUUGCUUAAGUUCAUCACAUUUUGAAUGUAAAGCGUGUUUGGUUGGUGAGAAAAUAACAAGAAACGGACCAGAAAGGAAAGAAUUUUUCUCGUUCCGUUGUCGUUGAAAACAAUUCGUAAUGAUAGAAACCGCUUUUCGAAAUGUGUUCAGUCUGUUUGAUUGUUGAGAAAAAUGAAAGAAAAGACAAGGAAGGAAACUAUUGAGUAUUUUAGGGUUAAGCACUGUGUCAUUCCACUCGUUCACGCUGCUUUUGCUUCCACCAUCUGUGUUUGCUAAUUUUGUUCUGAGGAGUUUGUAUGGCUUUGAUUGUUGUUAAGGCCAAUGCUGAUGCUUGGGCUUAUGUUUCUUAGCGUCUUGAUUACAUUUUGACUUUGUGCCUAGUGUGAUGCUUGUUUGGCAAGAAAAUGAAGGAAAAAAUGAUAGAAAUGGAGUGGAAUGUAAUGAAAAUACAAAAGGUUGAAAAAAAAAAAAACUAUGUUUGAAGCUUCCAUGUUAGUGUGCUUCUUCUUCUUCUCCUUGUAGGUUGGUUUAUUUUCCCCUAAUUUUCUGUAUAGUUAUUUGGAAAAUGUUUGGAAAGAAAAGGAAGAAGAUUUCAAUCGUUAGAUAUUUCAGCGAUGUCAUAGUUAUCUGUAGAUUAAUAUUAGUACUAUGAGUUUGGCCAUGAUUGCAAUUUCUUUUAUGCUAUGCACAACUGUUUAGCCACAGUUAGAUUUAGUCUACCUUGGUACUCUGUUUGGUUGGUGAGAAAUUGAAUGAAAGGGAUGGAAGAAGGAAAUUUGUCCAUUCUAUUCUGUUGUAAUGAAUUUUUGAGUGAAUAGUGCUCUAAAUCUGUGGGUUGAUUAAUUUUUAAGCUUGCCAUUGUGAAUAGUGCAGGGCAAGAUGAGAUAUAUUCUCCUUAUUUAUCCAUCAAGAUUGUUUUGUUGACUAGUGCUAAAAACAGUGUCAAUGAUUGGAAUUUGUUUUAAACUAAGAUGAAUUCAGCAUAUUUGUAUUUUGUAAUAAAACUUUUUUUUCUGUCCUUAUGGCCCUGUUUUGUUAAAAAUAGAAUGGAAAGAAUGGAAGAAACUAGUAGAAAAAAAAAAUGGAAAGAAGAUUUUAACUCGUUUUCUGUUGUGGUUUUUUUUUUUUUUUUCCCCUAAAUCAUUGGAAAAAUGAUGUUAAAGUCAAGAUUUAAAUCCUUUGUUGCCUCUUUUUAGUUUUAAGUAUCACUAACGAUUUGCUUGCUUACAACAUAUGUAGGGACAAAAAGGACAACUUUAAAUACUAGUUUCAAGUAAUCUCUGUAUUUAUUCCUAUACAUUGCUUUAUCAUCCUUAUUUGCUGCUUAUUGUAAUCUGAUGAGCUUAAAAUGGGUUUGUUUAUUGCUAGAAAUAAUGCCAACCAUUAAUUUUUCCCCUUUCAGCUUUAUACAUCCAACAAUUUGUAAAUUACAUUUUAUUUUCCUAAGUUUGGAUCAAGUCUUCACAUAAGCAAAUUAAUGUCUUAAAGAUUCAAAUAUCGACUAUUUGUUAUUAAUUCUCUUUGGUAAUUACUUUAUUGAUGAAAAGAUAUAGUACACAGGACAUGUACACAGCUAGGUGUUAUUAAUUUAUAUUAAUGCAAGUUUAGGUUGAGUCAUGUUAUGAAUUUUAAAGCUAUUUUCACAUUCUAAUCUUCUAUCUUCCAUCCAUUUUCAUUUGAGGGUUUUUUUUUGGGCAUCCUCUCUAGUUUAUCAAUAAAAUAAGAAAAGGAAAACGUGUUAUUGCAAAGGAGUGUAUGUGCCACCUCUUUAUUAGAUUGCUUGAGAAGAUCACAUUUGUUGUUUAUACGAACUAACUUGCUCCAGAAGGGACUCUUUUUGGUCAUGCAUUUCCUUUUAGUUAAUUUUUAAAUGAUCAGUUUUAGUGUUUCACCUAUACUUCACCAAACAACUCUACAAAUGGGUUUUAGACUCCUAUUACUCCAUCUUAUUCCUUGAGAAGCAUUGCCUUGAGCAGAGCAGAGCAGAGAGAGAGAGAGAGAGAGAGAGAGAGAGGGAGAGAGAGCUUUCUGUUCCAUUGCUCUCACACCACUAAAUUUUCAAGCUUUGUAUAUAUUGAUAGCAUAUACACAUGAGUUGUUUCUCUUUCUUAUAACUCAUUGACUGGUUCUGAGUUCCUAGCCUAAUUUGAUGCAUAUAUUUUAUAAAAUGCAAGGAGUUACUUCAUGCAAUGCACCUUUUGAUGCUGAAAAAAGGGACCUAGAGGGUUUGCUUGAGGUUUUUGGCUCUGCAUUUUCUCUUGAGGACAUAGCCUCUGCUUAUUGCCAGGCAAGGCGCAAUGUAGAUAUGGCUAGUGAAAUUCUUUGUGCUUCAAGUAAAAGUACCCCUGUCAUUGCUGCUUGUGCAUCUAAAGAUAAAUUUAAGUGUGCAAGUUCAACAUCUUCAGAAGUGUCAUUUGAAUUGGAUGCUGAAAGUGCAAUGCCUUCAGAAAUGUCAGCUGAUGAAUUUUGUCAGAAGUCUAAUCAUGCAGGAAGAAAUACCAGAGCAUUGAAGUCAAAAGUGCAUCCUGUAUCAAUAGGUACUGUUUCAGGUGUCAUUGCAAAAGAUUAUGUUAUGUCGAGGCCAGUAACUAAAGAAUAUCCUGAAGCAACAAAACCGCCUAAAUUAUAUGCAAAAGAAUUUCCUGUUUCUGAGAUAUGGAGUGAGGAAGUUCUGCCAAGUAUGAGAGCAAGAAAUGGCAGCACUGCAUGUGAUGAUGUUGAGGAAUUUAUGAUUGAAAUGCUUGGAGAUGGUUUCCAGCUAGACGUGAAUGUGAUCCAAGAAGUUCUUGGCUUUUGUGGUCAUGAUGUGCAAAAGAGCAUGGAGAAACUUCUUGACUUGUCAGCUUCAACGUUGGAGAAGCAUGAUGAUGAUAUUGACUUAGCUGGCAAAAAAUCUUCAGAUGAAUGCCAAGACCUAGAUUCAUCCCGCAGUGAUAGAGCUAGAAAUAUGACAAAAAAAUUAAAAGUGUCAUCAAAAAAAGACAAAGAAAGACUUGUUCUUCAGAAGGAACUUUUAGAAGUAUUGUUCACUGUUCCUGAAAGAUCUGAGGAAGUGCCCAAAAGAAUUCAUCCAGUGAGGAGAUCGAGACCUUUUGGUAAACCUGUGGUUGAAACUUUUACAGACACUGCUACAAAGCAUAAGAUUGCUACUGUGCAGCCAAUAGAAGUUACUAAAGAUGAUGAAGACGAUGAGAAUAGCUAUGAGGUCCUACGUAAAGCUGUAAAGGAAUAUUGGAUUAUGAUGAAAGAAUACUACCAAGCUGCUGUUGAUGCAUUUGUUAAGAGAGAUUAUGUACGGGCAAACAAACUUCGAGAACAGGGACACUUUUUUAACAGGAAGGCCAAAGAGGCAGAUGAGAAAUCUGCUCAAAAGGUUUUUGAAACCAGCCAAGAUGAUGAAGUGUCCCUUGACUUGCAUGACCAUGAACCCAAGGAUGCUGUACACUCACUGAGGCUUCAUUUGACUAAUAUUUGUGGCAUCCAAGGUUUUAAAUACCUGAAGGUCAUAUUGGGAACCAACAAUGAAGAUACCAAAAAAGGGGCUCGGAAACGACUGAUUUUGAAGCAACUGGAGAAGGAAUCAAUCAAAUGGACAGAGGAGGAUGGUGGAACCAUUAUCAUUCAGGUGGAUGUGAUCAACCCAAAAGACUUGAGUUUUUAUAAGAAAUGAAUAUAAAGAAAAUUAGGAGAGUUCCAAUCAUUAUAAAGCUUCUGGAAAAUAGGAAAUCACAACUUGGGUGAAAAUCUUAUUAUAUAUAUUUUUCUUAAAAAGAAAAGAAAAGAAAUGAAAAAGGAAUGGUUAAGAUAGAAAACUGGAGACACAGUGGGGUAGGUGCGGAACUCCAUGUGUCUGUUUAAUUUGAUACUCAGCAAAAUUUUGUUGUGAGCCACUGUACUCCUAGAUUGCGAUGAGCUCAUAAUUGUAAACGUGAAAUUGAGUUCUAUUCCUUAUGGUUUCUUUUCUUUUCUUUGCUUAUUGAAGCCAGACAGUUGUAGUUAAAAACUUCAAACUAAGUUUCCUCACAUUUUUAAGUAGAUGAGUGACUUGUGAAAAAAAAAAAAAA